CACCUGAUACUUCUCACCUUUAAUGGAAGAGCUCAUUACCUGCCUGGAAAAAAAAAAAAGAGAGCACAACAGACAGGACGCUGUCUACCUGAUCCUGGACCGCUGACUGUGGCUGCGAGAGGCAGGAGAAAACUGGGAAAGCUCCGAUCGAGAGGAAUAGAGGGCAGAUUAUGAGAAUAUACGUGAACGCCGAGGAGUAGCGGGGGUUCUUCUCCUCCUGUGAGCGGAAAAGGCGUCGCGGAGGACGGGAGAGAGAGGGACGCAUCGUGGACAGAGACCGAGGAGACGGAGGGAGGAGGCGACAGCGGCUCGUAAACACGACGGAAAACGGCAAUCAGCGCGGCAGAAAGCAGCUAUCACCCCCUCUAUCUCCCGCCUGGCACCACCAGCACCAUCGACACUAGUGACACCCCCGAGUCCCUUCGCAUCAUUCCGUCUCCAUCCUAUUUUUGUACGUUAUUGCUGUUUGGCUUUUGCUUUCCGUGCCUCUGCUGUGAGUAUCUGUGGUGCGAACCGCUGCUCGUGUCUGUCGGAGGAGCAGCAUCAGGGGCUGAGCUAGGAGAGGAGGCUGUGAGCCAUCACCCAUAGGAUCCCCCCGCCCACCCCCAGUCGGGUCCAGCUUGGGACGAUUAUCUGCACAUCCGAUCCGGCGGAUAAAGGAAAAAAACAAAAACAGCGAAGGCGAGAUAACCGCACAGUAACCCGCCUUCAGCAGAGUGAGAGAGAGAGACCCCGGCCCCAGUUAUCAGCCAGUCUCCAGCAUCACCGAUGCGAUGGCAUAGUGGCUUCUGCAGUGCAACCGACAGGCUCGACUCCGAUCAGCAGGGCUCUCAUCCACUAUGACCCUCUGAAAGACAUCCGGCACAGAUGGGCGGCACCUCCGGGGCAAGGAAGGUUGCAACAGCAGACUGACAGCGAGCGCUGGCAUGAGCACACUGGAAUAAGUUCUGCACUGAUGUCUUGGCUUAGAGGUACCAGGGCAUCCACGAAUCUGCACAAAAUCCCGGCACGAUGCGGGCGGUUGCUGUGUUUGAUGAAAAUGCGGCGGCACAGGGUGUUCUUGCUGUGCACGGUGGGCCUGUGUGUCAUCUCCUUCCUCCACUACUACAAGGCCCUCCAUUACGUCUCCCUGCUGCGGGAGCUCUCGGCUCCAUACCCCAACAUCAAGUCCUUCAUCAUGGUGACCGGCUUCUUCUGGAGGGAGAAGGGUAUGGCCACCACCCCGCUCAGCCCAGCUUCUCCUGAAGAGGCCCCCCCUCUACCCGGUCUCCGGCAGUCAGAUGCCAAAGCUAGAGGCGUGCCGGGUCUCGGGGGAGGAGGCGGAGGGCAAGGAUUUGGCCCAGGGAUCCCAGAGGCCAUAGCUGGAGGUGGAGAUGAGGAGAUGAGGCAACGAGAGGAGCCAGCACCACCACAUCCCUGGGAGAAACCAAAGGAAAACCAGCUGGGAGACGCAGCAAAUGAGAUUAGAGAUGAGGACCGCUUAAAGCGGUGGAAUCCCGCCCACCCUGCACCGCCCGAUAGGCUAGACCCUCCACAGGAACCAGCAAGAAAAGAGCAUCAUUUCAGGGAUCCCAUAGAAUCCAUGGGAGACCUCCAUACUCGCACUUUCCAGCUUCAAGAUGACAAAACCCCUUACUUUGUGCGCACCAAAGCUGGAGCCCUUUGCUUCAGGCAGGGGACAGAGGUAGCUACUCCUAAAGAGUACUAUGGAAAAUCAGGGGGGUCUGCGGCUAACGGAGCAGUUGGUCGGGCUGUUGCUGCCGGGCAACGGAAACCUCUGGAGCUCCAGCAGCAGCCCACCAUUGUGCCAAAGGUCAAAGCUCGGGCCAAGGGCAACGGGAAGCGGCUGGUCAAGUGCGUUUGUCGGCCUGGGUGGCACGGACCUUACUGCGGGGUUCCCACAAUGGUGUACCACUCCAAUCUGCCAACUAAGGAGCGGCUGACGCCCAGAGAAACCCCGCGGAGGGUGAUCAACGCCAUCAACGUCAACCACGAGUUUGAUCUGCUGCACGCACGCUUUCAUGAGCUCUCAGAGGCCGUGGAUUUGUUCCUCGUGUGCGAAUCGAACUUCACCGCCUACGGAGAGAAACGGCCUCUCAGUUUCCUGCGGCUCCUUCUAAACGGUACCUAUGACUACAUACGUCACAAGAUCCUGUACGUGUUCCUCAACCACUUUCCGGAUGGGGGUCGGCAGGAUGGCUGGAUCGCCGAUGACUACCUGCGUACCUUCCUGACGCGCAAUGGCAUGUCCAGGGUGGUCGGUGCGCGAUCAGACGAUGUUUUCGUCAUCAACGAUGCCGACGAAAUCCCAGCACACGAAGGACUACUUUUCCUCAAGCUGUUCGACGGGUGGACAGAGCCUUUCGCCAUCCACAUGCGCAAGUCGUUGUAUGGCUUUUUCUGGAAGCAGUUCGGGUCUCUGGAGGUGGUGUCGGGCUGCACGUUGAGGAUGCUGCACGACGUGUACGAUGGCGACGGCAUCAAACUGCGUCGUCGCGAAUAUUACACUAUGCCGGGUUUCCGCAAAUACGAGAAUGACACCGGCCACAUCCUGGUGCAGUGGUCGGUGGGAAGCCCGUUCCACUUCGCAGGGUGGCACUGCUCCUGGUGCUUCACACCCGAGGGGAUCUACUUUAAGCUGGUGUCGGCGCAGAACGGAGACUUCCCGCGGUGGGGCGACUACGAGGACAAACGCGACCUCAACUACAUCCGCGAUCUCAUCCGGACUGGCGGCUGGUUUGACGGCUCGCUGCAGGAGUAUCCCCCAGUGGACCCCAAAGAGCACAUGUACGCCCCCAAGUACAUGCUGGAGAACUACGACAGGUAUCGCUACCUCUUGGAAAACCCUUACAGAAAAGAGUCCAGAGCGAAUGAAGGCUAGGUGUCAGGUGGCCAAAAAAAUUUAAAUGAAAAACAUAUGUGAAAAAAAAAAAACAAAACGCUCGUAGGGCCCAAGUGAUUUUGGGGGGUGGAACGAUACUGAUGAACUGCUUCUCUCAUUGGAGUGAAACUAAAUGUAUCUCCACCAGGCAGCACUGAUGCUGCUCUUUAAAGUCAUUACAUUGGGGUCAGAAAAAAGGGAACACUGAAUCACAUCCAUGGAUUUUGAGAGGGAGCUUUGAGAUGAGAGGAUAAUAACCACUGAAUCUUAGAUUUCCUCAUUCCUCCCCUUUUCCGGGAGGCCCCGCGCUAUCUCUCUAUUUGUCACCCGUCCUUCCUUUUGUCACCCACCGAUUCGACGCGCCUGUUCUCUGAGAGAAAAUGGCAGCAAGAAAAAGCCAGGGGUCUAUCGCCGGCAGGCCCCUCCAUGGAUCUGACAAACUCUGAAGGGAAGGACCGUUUUGGUUUUGUCUGUGUUUACUGAAGUUUACAGAUUGACCGAUGUUCCCACUUCACUCUCCACCUCCAGAUGUCUUCCUGUCAUAUUUGGUGACCUCCUUCCAGACAUAAACUCCUGCUCAGAUACUUUCAUUGCUCCCGAGUGUCGGUAGGACAUUACAGAAACACCCCCCCCCCCCC